AUGACCCUCGGCAAGAAGAAGGCCGCUGCCGCCAAGAAGGCUGCGCCUGCCUCCGCCGUUGAUGCCGAGCUGGCCAAGUGGUAUGGCCCCGACCGCAGGACCUACCUCCCGGAGGGUCUCCUCGACAGGUCCGAGAUCCCGUCCUACCUCACUGGCGAGGUUCCCGGCGACUACGGCUACGAUCCCCUGGGUCUGUCGAAGAAGCCCGCUGACUUCGAGAAGUACCGCGCCAACGAGGUGAUCCACGGCCGCUGGGCCAUGCUCGGCGCCGCCGGCUUCAUCCUGCCCGAGGCGUUCAACAAGUACGUGCCCGGCGUGUGCGGCCCCGAGGCCGUGUGGUUCAAGACCGGUGCUCUCCUGCUCGAGGGUGACAGCAUCCAGUACCUGGGUGCCACCAUCCCCGUCAACCUGGUUGCCGCCACCAUCGCCGAGGUUCUCCUCGUCGGCGGUGCUGAGUACUUCCGCGGCAAGAACGCCUCUCCCCUCGGCACCGACCUCGACACUCUGUACCCCGGCGGUUCCUUCGACCCCCUUGGCCUCGCCUCGGACCCCGACACCCUGGCCAUCCUCAAGGUGAAGGAGCUGAAGAACGGCCGCCUCGCUAUGUUCUCGAUGCUCGGAUUCUUCAUUCAGGCCAAGGUCACUGGUGAGGGCCCAGUGGAGAACCUGACCACUCACUUGAGCGACCCCUUCGGCAACAACCUCCUGACCUCGCUCGGCAAUGCUGCUGACCGCGUCCCCACCUUGUAA